CCCUUCUUCCGAUGUGGCGUUCCCACCAGACAUGAUUUUAUGGCUAUGCACUGCUUCCGCCAUGGUCAUCACGGCCGCUGGAGGAACAAUCAUCGAACCCGAUGACCCCAGCGCAUACAAAAUUGUGUCCCUGAACGACCACUGCGACAGCAAGGACCACAAGCAGAGCCUGAACGACACAUCGGCGACCCAAUCGGCCGGCAUCCUGACGGCGUCGCAGCUGCGAGACUUGCGAGGCACAGGCGAGAACGGGUGCAGCUUCGAGUUCUCCGCGCCGGGGAGCUCGGGCCUCAUCGUGUCCGUGAUCGAGAUGAACCUGCGCAUGGGCCUGCUCAACGAGUCUUGCAUCGACUACAUCUCCGUGAUAACCAAGUUCAACUUUGGCUCGGACAAGGACGAGCGCUGCGGCCGGAUCACGAGCGAGCAAAACUACCACUUCGCCACGACGCACUCGCUGCAGCUCAAGCUCUUCUCCAAGACGCCCCUGACGAACUUCUUCGACGACUACAUCCUCGCUGUGGUUGCCACCAGCUACACGGAAUCCCAGGACGGCGCCUGCGGACCGGACGAGUUCCAGUGCACGGCCGGUGACCGUUGCAUCUACAAGGGCUACAGGUGCGACAACGUCAACAACUGCGGCGACAACAGCGACGAAGCCCAGCUGGGCAAUUCCAUGUGCCUGAUGCCACUCAGCUCGUUGGUCCUGAUUAUAGCUGGCUUGGCCGAUCUGUUGCUCACUUGGUGCAUUGUACUCUGCUGCUGCCUCCGGUCGGCCCUCACCAAGCAAAAGGUGAUGCAGGAGGACCGCUGGGGUGCCCUGGCCCCCGAGAGCGGUGCAAGCCCCUCGCAAGGAGAAGACGAGAGCACCGACGCCGACGACGAAGACGACGACGGCGGCAGCGGCGACGCCGACGCGUCCACCGCCUCGAAGCAGGAGAAGACCUUUCGCAACCCGCUGGCCGCCUCUUUGCGCAGCAAGGAGGACGACGAGCACGAAUCGACCUCUGCGACGGCCGCCGCAGAGGGCGAUUCGUGACCGCCGUUCGAAUGGCUUUUCCCGCCCGCUUCACGCACCGAGCACAGAAGCUCGCCAACGUGAACUUUCUUUUCUGGUUAAUUCGUACUAUGACGCAGUAUGCUGUCGUGAAGCACGGCUCGGUAGCGAUAUGGAAACUGUAUAUGAAAUACUUUUUUUUUGGCCAAUCUCAUUGCGCCUCAAUUUUCGUUGUAUCUCUGUAUUUUGUACUGCCACGAAAUAUAACGGUGUUCCCUCUCGCA